AUGUCGUCGAAGAAGAACUACUAUAAGGAGAAGAUGAUGCGGCGGAAAGAGGAGAAAAAAGAAGAACCAGAGACACCCAGGUAUCGUGAUCGUGCUAAGGAGCGUCGUGAAGAUCAAAACCCAGAUUAUGAACCUACAGAACUUGGUUCAUUUCAUGCAGUGGCACCUCCUGGGACUGAUUUGAGGCUGGCAGAUGCCCACAAGAUUUCAAUUGAGAAAAGCAAAUAUCUCGGAGGCGAUUUGGAGCAUACACAUCUGGUCAAGGGCUUGGACUAUGCUCUACUUCACAAAGUACGGAGUGAAAUUGAAAAGAAACCUGAUGCAGAGGAUGGGAAGGAUGCAAAGUCAAGGGCAACAAAAGAAGAUCAGGCAGUCUCCUUCCGCACUGCAACUGCAAAGUCUGUCUACCAAUGGAUCAUAAGGCCUCAAAGCAUAAUUAAGGAGAAUGAAUUGUUUCUUCCGGGUCGGAUGUCAUUUAUUUACAACAUGGAGGAGGGAGUAACCAAUGAUAUUCCAACAACUCUUCAUAGGAGCAAAGCUGAUUGCCCGGUUCCAGAGGAGAUGGUAACUGUCAGCGUGGAUGGUUCUGUACUUGACAGGAUUGCUAAAAUUAUGACAUACCUUCGGCUUGGAUCAUCGGGGAAGGUCUUGAAGAAAAAGAAAAAGGAUAGAGAUAUAAAAGGGAAGAGCAAUUUGGCAAGUGGUGACUAUGAUGAGUCAGUAAAACCUUCCCAAAUUAAUGGUUCUACUCUGAAACAUCAAUCAGAUAUGCCACCACCACCAGCUCCAACCCCUCGGAACAAUAAUUUCAAUGGAAAGGAGAAACAACCAGUCCCUGUUGCAAGAGCAGACGAUGAUGACAUUUUUGUUGGAGAUGGAGUUGACUAUUCAGUUCCUAACAAGGAAAUAAGUCAGAGCCCUGUUUCUGAUAUGGAUGAAUCCCCCACAUAA